AUGUCUGAAGAAAAGAAAGAUUUACAAAAUAAGUUAGCCACCGACGGUGAAGACACUGUUGAGAAUGUUGACACAGUAGAUAUUGAACCAGAAGUUGAUACUUCUAAAGUGGAAGAUACAAAAACUGAAAAGGUUGAUGAUGUGAACGUAGAAGACGAUGCCAGUGUUGGGGAAGGUGGAAUUGUUCUUAUGGACGAGGAUCCAGAGGAAACUACUGAAGAUAAAAAUGUUGAAACUAGUUCAAAUGAUAUGAAAGUGGUAGAUCCUAAACCAGUUUCAUUGGAAGAACUUGAAACUGAAGGUUCAUCUGCACCUGAAAUUGUUAAGGAUACAACUACUAGGGACACCAAUGAUAAUGAAGACUAUGUACCACCUUUACCUACAAGACAAAAAGCUACAGUGAAGGAAAAUAAACCAAAGGAGAAUCCAUUAUUAAAACAAUUGAAGGAUGCUUUUCCAACCAUUGAAGAAAAAUAUAUCAAGGCAGUUGUAAUUGCCUCGAAUGGAUCAAUGGAUCCUGCAUUUAAUGCAUUGUUAUAUUUAUCUGAUCCAGAAGCAAGUACUGAUAUUGCAUUACCAUCAAAACAGCCAUCGCCAACUUUAGAUUUACCAAGCAGAAAGAAAUUGACCCAAUUAGAACAGGAUGAACUCUUGGCCAAACAAUUAAAUGAUCAAUAUAAUAAAAAUUACCAGAAACAUUCACAACAUCGUAAAGGUUCUACGAAUACAACCACUUCCAGAAGUGGUAGAGGUGAUGAUACUAUGAAUAAUAUGGAUGAGCCAAUUCCAUUUGAUUCUGUAAAUGGUCGUGAUAGACAAUUACAUGAGGAAAGACUAAGUGAAAGAAGAAGACGUUUGAGAGAGAAUGGUGAGUUUAACCCAGAUACUUAUCGAGACGAUGAUAGUUGGGGUCAAUUUGUAGAGAAAGACUUACCUGAGAUGACAGCUAGAGCCAAUAAAUCUUUGCAAGAUACAGCUUCAAAAGUCGGUAAUUGGUUUAAUAGAAAUUUUGGUGCAGAAACUCAGCAAUCUGGAGGAAAUAAUAACAACAACAAUUUUGCUUAUAGUGAUACUCAAAUGAGAGAACAAGAAGAAGCCUUCAGAUACUAUGAGAGUCAACGUAAUACACAGACAAAUGGUAAUAUGAGUUCAACACGCACUAAUGAAUCACAAGCAGAAAGACCUAGAUUUAAUUCAUUUGGCGCACGUAUUGGUGAGGAUUCCUUAGAGAAUCAUGGAAUUUCAUUAAAUAAUGAUGAAUUUUCAGAUGAUGAAGAUGUUCCACCACAAUUACCGAGUAGAGAACGUAGUAAAGAUGGUAAUACUAAUAUCAAUACCGAUGAAAAAACCACGAACAUCGAAGCUGAUCCAGAUGCAUCAAUGGUAACUAAUGAUAGUCAACGUGUUGUAUCGCAAACCACAUAUAUUGAUACACCUGAUAAGACUCCAAAGAAGAAAUGGCAACCAGUUCCACCAGAACCAAUGGAUGCUACACCUACUAAAAUCAAUGCUACUUCCAAUAAAGUGACAGAUUCAGACACUGAUGAUUUCAUGAUCAACAGUGAUGAUGAAUAG